AUGCAACUGCCCCCUAGUGUCCCAAGACAGAGAGUUGGUCAAGUCUGCAAGCUAAAUAAGUCACUCUAUGGUCUGAAGCAAGCUAGCAGGCAGUGGAACACUAAGCUAAGCAUUGCUCUACAAAGUAUGGGGUUUAAACAAUCUAUACCUGACAAUUCUAUGUUCACUAAAGGUGAGGGACAUUCUUUUAUGGCCUUGCUAGUCUAUGUAGAUGAUAUAGUUGUUGCCAGUGCAGAUAUAAAAGCCAUACAGGAAAUCAAAGGACAACUCAAUGCCAAGUUUCAAAUAAAGGAUCUAGGAUCCUUGAAAUAUUUUUUAGGUCUAGAGGUUGCUAGACAGGGUAAAGGAAUUAAUAAUGUAUGCCAAAGAAAGUACACCCUUGAAUUACUAAAUGAUACAGGAUUUACAGAUUGCAAGCCAAUACAUAGCCCCACAGUACCAUCACAUAACUCAGUAAGCAUAUUGGCUGCUCAUAGGGUGCUCAGGUACAUCAAGGCUGCCCCUGCUCAAGGGAUGUUCUUCCCCUCUAGUUCUGACUUAAAGCUGAAGGCCUUUUCUAAUUCAGAUUGGGGGGCUUGUGUUGAUACUAGAAGAUUUUUAACUGGUUUCUGCAUCUUCUUGGGGAAUGCUUUGGUGUCAUGGAAGUCCAAGAAACAAGUAACUGUGUCCAAGUCCUCAUCAGAAGCUGAAUAUAGGGCAUUGGCAGCUACAACUUGUGAAGUCCAAGGGAUAUCUUACCUUCUGAAUGAACUGGAAAUUAAUCACAGUGGUCCUGCAGCUGUUUAUUGUGACGGUAAAUCCGCCAUUGCCAUUGCAAAGAACCCAGUUUUUCAUGAGCACACCAAACACAUCGAACUAGAUUGUCAUCUAGUUAGAGAGACACUUAGUAAAGGAGUAAUCAAGUUGUUCCAUGUCGGAUCUAAAAGUCAGUUGGCAGAUACCUUCACCAAGACACAUUGUCCCAGUUCAUUCCACAAGUAUAUUUCCAAGCUUGGCUUGUUCAAUAUGUAA